GAGCGAAGGACGUUAUUUUCUCGUGCGCUUCUCUGUUUAGAUAAUUAAGUAUAGAAAAUAUUAAAUUUUACCGUAGAAAGCUAUGGAAUACGCAGAAGAUCUCCUGGAAGAUCAAGACUAUCCAUAUUCCGGUCUGGAUCGCGUACUGUUCCUCUCCUGCCAACGAUGCUUCCGCUACACUCCGUUUCUGAUCUACCUUCCGGCGAAUGAGCAAUCGUCCGGUACCAGUACUCGCCUGCACGCUUCCAGUACUGAACCACUUGUAUGUUGCACCGAAUGCCUGCCUGAAAAUUUGACCACGCAAUACCCAUCAGUAGCGAACAGGUUGAUCAGUAAUAAGGAUUUCCUACGGUUGAUCCAAGGGUUCGAAUACUCCAAUCCCUUCUACAGACGGUAUGCCCAAAUUCACCGGACUCUGAUCACCGCCGAUACCCGGCUAGAUGUCAAUGCAACGGAGUUCGAGAACCUACCGUUGUACGAGCGACUGCUCAAACUGCAAGAAGUUUUUCCCACCAUUCAUCUCAUGCAAAACAAGCGAUACUCGGGACUAGGUGAGAUCACCGAGACGUUAGCGGCCCGAGACGAGAUCAUCCGGAAUCAUUACCUUCUAAUGAAGCAACCAAUGAAAUGCACACCACCACCAUGUACAACUGCUUCAACACGACUUAUAACGAAGCAUCUGGCAUCCUCGUCGGCAGCCAGCGUGUCCAGUCCGUCUGUGCCGGUCGUGAUGCAAACCGCGCGUCUGCGGUUACUCAGCUCGGAAGAGGAAGUCCCCUGCGACGUUUGCCUCCUAUCGGAGAAGAACACCAUUCAGUUUGGGCCAUUUAUCGAGAAACCGACAGCACGGAGCGUUGUGCGGUGUCAUUACUUUUGCCUCCUUUCCGGUACGCACAUUCGUCAACGAGGGUCGUCGGAUUCAGUAGGAGUUCUUCGGUUUCUAUUGAGCGAUGUGAAGCAGGCCUUCGUUCAUUAUCGUGAAAAGCUGUGCUACUGUUGUGAUCAAAAUUCGGCUCCGAUCAAAUGUAAUGCCAGCGACUGUAAUCGUUACUUCCACUACAUCUGUGGCUUUCGGAAGGGCUGUCUAACGCAGUUCGCCGGAGAGUACCUCUCGUACUGCCACGAACAUUUGCCAAUCGAUCAGGAAUUACGACACCUCCCCAAUCAACUGUGCUGGAUUUGUUGGGAACAGUUGCAAGCGUACAAUCCUGUGUCCAGCUUUCAUUCAAUUUGUCAACCGGAUGAAUCAUCGGAAAAUCCAAAGGUCGAAUAUUCCUGGUACCACAGAGAUUGUCUGCAAAAAUACGCCUACGAAGCCGGUUACUAUUUCAAAUGUCCGCAUUGCCACGAGAAGGACGAUUUCCCAAACUACGCGAGAAUGCGCGGAAUUUUCGUGCCCAUGAGGGACGCCAGCUGGGAAAUCGACCGAACCUACUUCAAGGAUUUACAUGGGUGCUCGUGUUCGGCUAAAAACUGCCAAUAUGCGAACUCAAAAAAGGACAAAGGUCAAAUGGUCGGUUGCAAGGCCUGCGGCGGUGAAACGCUCCACCUGAAAUGUGCCGAAAUCGAAGACCCCGACGAUUAUGUGUGCUCGAAGUGCAUGGACGCCACAUUCAUUAAGCUUUUCUGAUUC